AUGACCAACAACGGCAGUGAUGCUUCGAACGGUGAAGAACCCUCUGUAACUGAAUUCGUGUCUCCCUCUGGUUCGACCCUCAUCUGUGGUGGUGCUGUUCCCGGCACAGGAUUAGAGAUAUCGACUGAAGCAAGAGCUUUAGCCCAAAGUGUCAGUGAAGCCAGACUUGCACAAGAAGUUCUGACCCUUCGAGAAGAACUCAACAAGAUCAAGCAGCAGGUGUGCCAAGUGACCAAGUGUAACGGAGAAGCAACUCUCAGUUCCCUCCAAACUGCAGGAAACGUGGUAGCCAACGUCAUCCGUGGGAAUGGUAUGGUCGGUCAAAAUAGUCCGAUCUAUUAUAUCUACGAGUCUGUGAACAUUUCUAAAGAGAUCUCCGACAAGUAUUGGGUUGCAUCGAUACCACAGCUCUAUGAGGAGGUCUGCAGAAAUGAGCCUACCCCGUUCCGCGCGCUCUUCAAGGGUGCCAAGAAGGAUACUUAUGAAGAUCUCGGUAGGGCCUUGCUCGAGACGGUUACUAUGCUCGAGAAGUCCUGGAACUUUCCGUUGGAUAUCAUAGUGGCCCUAUUGCUACAUCAUGUCUACCAGUACGGUAAUGGCAUUCAUAAGAAGGCGGCUGAAACUGUAGUGCUGCGAUUAUUGGCUGCGGAAGGGGAUCGCGAAGUCGAGGACAUUUUGGACGAGAUCAAAGUUCAACAUGGGCACCUCCUUAGACCAUCCUUACCGGUGGAUGUAGACUAUGCAACUCUGAGUGGGGCAGCUAGGUUCAAGGAGAAGUCUGGAUGGGAGAGACUACUCUCUCUCCUGACCCAGGUUCUAGUUCGCAUUGGAUCGAGUCAGACUUGCCAUCUUGAAGCACGCUAUCGAUGGGAACAGUUGUCCCAAAAAUCGAAGGAGUGGCUGGUCGACUUUCUCUCUCGCGAGGAUGAGGCCUGGAGCGACAUGGUAGCUGCAUUCGCGUUCAAACGUGUACCCCCACCAAGUGACUAUGAUCGUGUGGUGAAAGUGGUUGGUGCGGUCAGCAAGCCUAUCCGCGAGCGGUUCAGUGAAGCUCUUCGGAGGAACAGGAAGGCGCCGGAGGAGCUUCUCUUCAAAGAUAUCACCAAGGAGCUCCUUUCUAUCGAGGCCGAGGCGUACGCGGUGUUACCCUGGGAAUAUGGCUCUGUGCCCAAGCACGUUUCGCGUUCCAAGGACUCUGCGGCUCGGUCGAGAACACACAGCAGUCCGGCCAGGGUAUCCGAUCACGUUAAGGAGAAGUCUGAAGGAAGGCCGGUUCGUCCCGACAGGUGGUGCACCAUUUGUAACAAGUACACCCGACACACGGCUCCUUUCUGCUGGAACAAUCCCGACUGCAAGAAUGCUCCUGAAUGGUUCAAGAACAAGCUCGAGAAGGAUACCAAAAAGUCCUCUGACGACGACAUCACGAACAGGGAGGAUGCUCCUACCUAUAUGGUGACUUCUCUGAUGGCAGAGCCUCUGGCGGUUCCGGCGGUGUUGGCCCGGCUUCGUUCCUCUGCCUAUCCAGAUCGAGAUGUGAUAGUGGCCGUCGAUACACUAUGCGAGCUCAACCUCAUUCACGAGGACUUGAUCCACUACUGCGAGAUCGUAGAUUGCCCCCGUGACGAGCUGCCCACGCUGGCAGGUUUCAAGAGUGGAAGGGUUGUGCCUAGAUGCAAGGUGCGCCUGAGCCUAUCCUUUGAGGGCAAAAGAUGUUUCCUUUACGCUCUCGCCGUCGACCUACGAUCAACGUGUGUGGAGAUGGAUGUUGUCCUCGGGGCUCAGUCACUUCGAAGGAUGGGUGCGGAUGUGUGUCUUACGGACGACAGGCUUCAGGUGAAGGACCUCGGUAUCGCGAUUCCCUUGGUCAGACUAGAUCGCAAGCCUCAGCCGGUCUGUUCCGUCCCGGUUUGUAGCAUGGUAGAGGCGGUGAACUAUGAGGAGCUUUCGGCCAUCUGGUCGGAGGAGCGUCUCACGACAUCUAUGAAGGAGAGGCUUGCGGACAUCGGGUAUGUGGCCCCGGUGCUCGAUUUUGAUAUUCCUGAGUCCUACCGGAAGACCCCCUACCAAUGCCAAGCUCCUUACAACAUUCCGGCUAAGCUAGUACCCGGUGUUCACGACAAAAUCCGCAAGGAGGUGCUGGCUGGACAUUGGGAAGAAGUAGCUCCCACUGCAUCCAUGUGGAUUAGUCCAUGCUUCGCCAAGGCGAAAGGAAGACUUAUUGAAGAAGGACCGGCCAAAGGCGAGGAAGCGGUUCGACUACUAGUAGAUCUACGGCGAUUGAACACUAUGGUGGACAUUCCCGACUAUUUCCGGGAUGAUGGCCUCUCGGCGGCGGAAUUUGUGCGUCAGGUUGAUCAAAGUGCGAGGUACUUCACCACUGUGGACGUUGAAGCUGCUUUUGAGAGCAUACCGGCUGCACCUAGGGCUCAAGACUUGAUGUGUUUUGCUAUCGGCGGUCGCGUAUACCGUAGCAAGGUGGCCCUCCAGGGAUUGGGGCUGAGCCCUCUAUUGUGGCAAUAUCAUAUUCGGCAUGGGCUUCAGACUCUCCUCGGAGAAAGCUACCGUGAGUACUGUGCUAUCUUCAUGGAUGACAUCCUCAUCUGGGGCGAUACUGCUGAUCAGUGUGAACGACGCCGGAAGGUGGUGGUGGCCGCUAUCAAUGCUCUUGGGAAGAGGGUAAGCUCUAAGUGUGGUCCUUCUAUUGGUGCGAGCGCUGUCUGCAUUGGGCUAGAGUUCUCCGCCCGAGGAAUCCGGCUGAGCGACGAGAGCAUAGCUCGGCUCAAGAGUGCGCUCGCCCAGACUCCUACUAGUGGGUCCCAUCUGAGACGAAUCCUGGGGUCCAUUAACUACGCCCGCAGCGCCUUUCAGUUCGAUCGGCUUGCGGGGUUUGGGGAGACCCUCAAGGUCCUGACGCCAUUGGUCAACAAGAAGCCAUUCAAGAUCUCGCCCGAGGCAGAGGAUGCCCUAAAGCGGCUGUCUGAGAGCAUCGUCAACGCCCCUCUAGGUCUUCACUCGUACAAAGACUUGAUAUGUGGUGAGGCUAGCUCCUGGGUUGUGACUGUGGACGCUUCUGACCUUGCCAUUGGGGCUGCGCUCUUUCGGUAUAAUGGGCCUUCCCAGGAAGUCUCUAUGGAGGACUUGAAAGACCCCGAGAAAGCGGUAUUGGUUGGUGCUUUAUCUCGUGCUCUGUCGGGCGAUGAGGUAAAGUUAAUGAUCUAUGAAAAGGAGAUGCUGGCCCUCAUGGCCGCCAUGCAGAAGUGGGGCAAGCUGUUCAUAGCUACCACCAGGCCAAGAUCUCCAAGAGAGUCACAGAGUGAGGCUAAGAUCCUGGUGUUAACUGACAAUACUAUCAGUCUCUCUCGAUGGACUACUUACCGGCUCCCUCUCUCCCCUUUGAUUAGCGCCAAGUCGCGCCGUUUCCUCUCGUGGAUCGAGGAGGCCAGUGAGUGGAGAUAUCUACCCUACACGGUGAGGCACUGUACUGGUACCUCUAACGACGUGGCCGAUCUACUCAGCCGCUGGCAUGAGCAGCUCCUGUGUCAACCCGAGGAAGACCCACGAUGCCAAGGAGACGAGGCCGGCAAGGAUCUCUUACCUUUCUGUAUGGUCAUCCCGGACCUUCUGCGGCCAGCAGAUGACGACAUGUUGGGUGAGCAGGACUACCCGGUGAUGGCUGCUGCGCCCGUGACCUCUGGGGCUCCUCCUGAGGGCGAGAGCCCACCAGAAGAGUGCUAUACGGCACCGCAGGUUGCUCAUGUAGAGGCUCCCCUGGCGGCACUAGACAUUAUCGACCUCAACCACAACCAGGCAGCUGUGGUGGAGAAGGCCCUCGCUGAGGAUGAUUCGGUGUUCCAAGGAGUUCGCGUCCGCGAGAUCUUUGCUGUUGGCCGGAAAGUCGACCAUUCUGGGUUGUCUCCUUUGGUGGUAGAGAAGGUGUCACGAUGGUUCGCGAACGGGAUAUUUGCGAUCCGCCAGCCCUUUGCUGGGAGUGAAGUGGGUUUACUAUUUUGCCAAGGGUCUCUCAGGACAAGCGAUGGCCCUAAAGAGGUUAUGGUGAUCCCUAGCGAUUGCGAUGUCGACCUCCAGCCCAUGGUACCUACCCUGCUCGAGGACGGUUCGGAUAGAGACAUGAGGAAGAGUCUGCUAAUGAGGCUGCACGACAACUUGCUCACGGCGCACAACAGUAGAGAUCGGCUACUAGGCAUGGUCCUUCAAGUUGCUUGGUGGCCGGGGGUGUCGGCCGAUGUCAAAGCCUAUCGGGCUAGAUGUCCAAUUUGCUGCCCAGGACGAUACCGGCAACCCCCUGGUGUACUCCCCGAUUGCCGUACUCGCUUCGACACUUACAGCGUGGAUUUGAAGAUGAUCCCGACGGGUCUCAAGGAGAGGCUGGGUUUGCCGCCCAGUGCGUGUGUGGUCAGUGCCAUUGACCUGGCUACUGGUGAGGUGUCUUUUGAGCUUAUAAACGACCAGUCCGCUGCCAAUGUCGCCAGAUUCUUGUGGCAUAGAAUCAUUGUUCGUCAUGGCGAGUUCAGUAGGCUCUGCUCCGAUCAAGGAUCUGUAUUUGUCGGCUCGGUUCUGGGUGCUAUGAGUAAUCUUUUCGGGUGGGUGGUGAAGACCAGUGCGGCCCGUAACCCCACGGGAAACUCACGGAUAGAGCGAGCCCAUAGAGCUGUGAGUCAGACAUUCCGCUGGGUGGAAUCUCUGGGUGAUGCCGACGGCCCCGAUGAUCUGAGGCUCUAUCUGGGAUCAGCUGAGGCCAAGGUCAAUCUGGCGGCCAAUGAAGAGGGAUUGUCGCCCCAUCUGGCUGUAUAUGGUAGUGAACCGUUAAUGCCGCUGCUGAAGGAAGGAGUGACCUGCGAAUUGGAUGACUUGAACAAAGACAUUGACAAGAGAACCAUCGCUGAUAUUCGCGAAGCAGCUGUAUGGGCAACAGAAGCGCUUGCUGAUUCCAGGGACGUGAAGGCCUUCUACAACCGCGCUAGCUUGGCGGCCGGUUCUGCUGUGGAUAGUAACACUCUGAAGUUAUCGGAGCACGAUGAGGUUCUCUACGAAGGCCGAAGAGAAGUGGUGAAGAAACUAUUUCGAGCACCUGGGUCUGAUAUCCCCAUAGUGGCGGUUUUGGAGUCGGGCAAGAAGGUUCCCAUUGGUGCUUUGGCCCCUGCUACUGAGGUCCGAGCAGCUCACCUUGUCGCGCGUUCUGCGAGCCUCCAGGACGAUGCUCUAGUAGAUAAGUUCGUGGCGUUCUACUUGCCAUCUCAAGAUAACCUCGUCAUGGUGGGCAAGGUGAUUGAGGCCCGGUGUGAGAAGGUUGUUAUCUGGGUAUAUGAUGGUGGUGCUAAGACGACCGUGUUCCUCCCCCUCUGGAGGAGCGACGAGGCGACCAAGAGAAGUAAAGAGUCUCCUGGAAGGAAUUGGAUGGUAUUAACGACAGAGGUUCCUGCAAGCUGCAUCCUUGCCCGGGUUGAAAUACACCCCAACGGUCGUGUGACGGCUGCCAGCAAGGACCGGAUUGAGGCCCUUGGGAUAUCUCGCCCCUCGGAUACUCUGUUGGUGACGAACCCCAGUCAAGCCAGUGGUCCGUCAGGGGCUCUGUAA